GAGAGAGAGAGGUGGAGAGAGAGAACAAGCGAAUGAGAGAAGAGGCUUACAAGCAGCACCGUACACUGUUAUACUGGAUUGUACUUCAACGGGAGUUUGCGGUUUGGCAGGUUUAUAUACAUCAAAACAGAACAAAGAGAUAGGCUCUACAGUGCUAUAAAAGAAGAGAGAGAAAAGAAUAAAGCGAGGGAGAAAUCUCGGCGACUGAAUUACAAAAGAACUAAGGACACUCUGCUAAUGUUUUUCACAUCCAAAGGGGACAUAAACUGGGACUUUGUACGUUGUGGACAAUUUGCAAGGCUUUUUGUUUUUUGCGACCAGCAAAAGUUUGUUUGGGACAGCGCUUUUUUCCUGUAUAUUUGAAUUUUAAUGCUCGCAAUCUCAUCCCAGUGCAAAACUUUCAAAACGGACUGCACAUGGUUUCAAAGGGCUUUUGAAAACCUGGAAUUUUAUUCGUCGAUAUCCAUGCAGAAGUGUCUCAACUAGAAUGUUGUAAAUACGUGCGGAUUUUAUUUAGUUUUCUCUCACCGUUUUUGAAGCUUUUUUUGCGUUUUUACGCACGUCGAUGGUAUUUGCCAAAAACCUACCCAUACUUUUAAAGUUUGAAUAAUUCAUGAGAUACAAUUUGCCUGCUCGAAAGAAGUGACUGUUAAAAGGGAGGGGGGUUAUCCACAAACAUAUUCAUAAGGGUUGACGGAAUGGCCACCGCGGCUUCCAAUCCUUAUCUACCCAGCAAUAGCAUCUUAUCGUCCGGCUCCAUCGUGCACUCUGACUCCGGGGGUGGUGGCAUGCAGCCGGGCAGCGCUGCGGUUACCUCCGGGUCUGGGGGCUACAGGGGAGACCCCUCAGUCAAGAUGGUACAGAGUGACUUUAUGCAAGGCGCAAUGGCAGCGAGCAACGGGGGACACAUGCUGAGCCAUGCCCAUCAGUGGGUGACAUCCCUCCCGCACGCCGCAGCGGCGGCAGCAGCAGCCGCGGUUGCAGCAGCUGAAGCCGGAUCGCCUUGGUCGUCGAGUCCCGUUGGGAUGACGGGCAGCCCGCAGCAGCAGGACGUGAAAAACUCCGGCAGAGACGAUCUGCACACAGGCACCGCGCUGCACCACAGGCCCCCUCACUUAGCUCCCCAUCAGACUCACGCCGGGGCUUGGGGGAGCACGACUGCGGCUCACAUUAACUCCAUUUCCGGAGGGCAGCAGCAGCAGCAGUCGCUGAUCUACUCCCAACCGGGAGGGUUCACUGUGAACGGGAUGCUGAGUCCGGGGAGCCAGAGCCUGGUGCACCCGGGACUGGUGAGGGGAGACACUCCGGAUCUGGACCACGGCAGCCACCACCACCACCAUCACCACCAGCAUCCGCAUCACCAGCACCACGGCGGCGUCAACAGCCACGACCCGCACUCGGACGAUGACACGCCGACCUCGGACGACCUGGAACAGUUCGCCAAGCAGUUCAAACAGCGGAGGAUCAAACUGGGCUUUACGCAGGCGGACGUCGGCUUGGCUCUUGGCACCCUGUACGGGAACGUUUUCUCUCAGACAACCAUUUGCAGAUUCGAGGCUCUGCAGCUCAGCUUCAAAAACAUGUGCAAGCUCAAGCCUUUGUUAAACAAGUGGCUUGAGGAGGCCGACUCGUCCACCGGCAGCCCCACCAGCAUCGACAAGAUCGCGGCGCAGGGGAGGAAGCGAAAGAAGCGCACGUCCAUCGAAGUGAGCGUCAAGGGGGCUUUGGAGAGCCACUUCCUAAAAUGCCCCAAGCCCUCGGCCCAGGAGAUCAGCAGCCUGGCGGACAACUUGCAGCUGGAGAAAGAGGUGGUUAGAGUGUGGUUUUGCAAUAGGAGACAGAAGGAAAAACGGAUGACGCCCCCAGGAGUGGCACAGACGCCGGAGGAUGUGUACUCUCAGGUCGGCAAUGGGCAUUUUUUAGUAGAUUACUUAAAAGAUGCAAGUGAAGCGAGCGACCAGAGGGUGACAACCACAAGUUCAUUCCACCAGGUAAUUUUGGCGCAUUGAGACACACCAAGAGGAGAACCAAGUAUUGUUUUUGUUAUUUUUUUUUCUCUUCCCCUCCUUCCAAAAAAGAUCCCCCCCUCAUUAUCCUGUGUUUGAUUGAAGAAACAAAGGAGCAGGCAUUUUGUAUAUUUAGAAAUGGGACUGAACCGCCCCCCCUUCUUCUUCUCCAUGCCCAACAAUAACAGAGGGGGGAAAAAACUGCAACAAAAUGAAGAAGAGUGACAUCCACGAAGCUUCCAUCAUGAUUUACAGCAAAAAUUUUCUUUCUCUGAGGUGGACUGCAUGGUUUCAUUGACACACACACACAUAAACGGAGGAUUAGGGAUUUUUCCCCCCCAUCUUGAGGCCCUCAUGAGCCCAGAAAGAAAAGACAAGCAGGACCAGGACUGUAUCCGCCUGAUCUCAAAGAUCACUUUCCUAAUUUCUUUCACGUGGGUUUUUUUUAAUUAUUAUUAUUUAAUGGACAUUGACACCGUGAGUGGAUUUUUUUCCUUAUUUUUUUUCAACAAAUAGAGCAUAAGACAUUUGAAAAAAGACUUGAGCUGCACUUAUUUGAGAAAAAAAAUCUGAAAAUCUGUUGCCAAGUGUGACUGAGUGGGUGCUGUGGAUAUACUAUUAAUGCUGCCCUUUGUAAGCAGUAUUCUUUGGUAGGUUUUAAUAAACAAAAACUCUGUAAAGCCGGCAAUAUAGAUCACUAGAUCAGAUACUGAUCUGAGUUAUUUACUUUAUAUUUUUCAUCAAAAUGACUUGUUUUAAUAUUUUAUUCGGAAUACAUAUGAAUUAUUCCAAACGGUAAUUUAUUUUUUCCUCCCUCCAGGAACUUGUGUAAGAUGCUUUCGCCUUAUCUUGUUUCAGUUUCCUUUUGUUUCUUCUAUUUUCGUUGUUGCCCUUAUUUGUUUUCAUUUUUGUAUUAUCGUUUCUAAAGGAGCACAAAUCACCAUAAGCUGACAUUGACCGUUGUUAGGUAAUAAGGGUAUAUUUUGAUGUGAUAAUUUGAUUGUAAUUUAAUUUCAGUAGUGGUUCCGUACGAGCUGAUUGAGACACAAUAAAUUUGUUAGAAUGAAAUGCA